AUGACUCAGAAUGAGUACGGAACGACCAAACAGCGUUUUGUUUUAAUUCAGCAAGGAGAACCAGUCGUGAUCAACACUAGGAGCUGCGCGCACGUCUCGCUAACAAUGAAGUUAAUGCUGUUCGCCGCUGUCCUCUGCGUGAUCCUGUGGCUUGGAGCUUCGGUCCCCAUCAACAUGGAGCGGAGGCUGGUCAAUCGUCCGCCACGGGACGAGGUGAUGGGUCUAUCUCGGCCGAAACGACAUCAAAUUAAUGCACCCGUCAAAGGAAGACAGAGUCCUCACAGACGCGGCGGUAUAGAACAUAUGUUAAGGAAAGGCGAAUAUGUGUGCGGCGAUAAGAUUUGUCGUUUGAAGCCUGGAGAGGAGCCCGCGGGCUGCAACGGCAUCUGCCAGUUCCCCAUCGACCCAAUGCAUUACGACGGGCAGCCACAGAGGCGGUUCGGGCAGACGAUCAACGCAAAAGAACGGUUUUAAUUAUAUCCAUUUUAUUCAUGUGACAGCCCUGGCAUUAGAAACUAUUGUAUAUUAAAAAAAAUGACUUUAUUUUUUAAUAUGUACAUAAUAAUAUGUAUACAUUCCUAAGUUUAAUACGAGAAAAAGAUUUAUUUCCCGACUAGCUGACCCGGCAGACUUCGUAGUGCCUAAAUCGAUAAAUAAAAGACCUAAACUUUUGUAUAAAAUAAACUUAAAACAAAAGGAAUCCGUCCG